AUGGAAUCCAUCUUCCCACCAUUAGUCGCGUUUUUCUUGGCAGUGGUAUACCUGUAUCGCUGGGCCUCCACCCCUUCCACUCCUAUACACCCCAAAGCUUCCCCAAAGCCCCCAUCACAACCAGAACCCGAACAAACCGUCACCAAAGAGCCUGGACUCCCUAUAGACUGGCUCACAUCCCCGGCACUAUUCGAGCUCGAGAAGCGCGCCAUCUUUAGCAAGAAAUGGCUACCCCUCGCCUUAACACCCCUCUUCACCAAACCCGGAACAUACAUAACCUCCACCCCGGCCGGGAUCCCGCUGUUCCUGAUUCGAUCCAAAGACGGGCAGAUCCGCGCAUUCCAUAACGUCUGCCGGCACAGGGCGUAUCCCGUUACGAGACCGGGCCGUGAGAGCGGAUGCUCGACGGUGCUGAGCUGUCGGUAUCAUGGCUGGAGCUAUGAUUCUUCUGGGAAACUCAUCAAGGCGCCGAAGUUUGAUGGCGUUGAGGGGUUUGAGAAGAGUGCGAAUGGGCUUUUUGGGGUGGGGGUCAAGGUCAGAGAUGGGCUUGUUUGGGUUAAUCUCAGUAUAGAGGGGGAAGGGGUAGAUGGGAAGGAGGAAGAUAUGGCGAAGGAGCUUGGGAUCGAUCUUGGGGGGUCUGCUUGGGUUGGCGGAGGGAGGUUGGAGGGAUCCUUUAAUUGGAAAAUGGCCUUACAAACAACCCUUCUCACUGAUGCUCUGGGGCUAGGGGGGAUAGGGACAUUGCCCUCAUGCCAAAGCUCCAUCAUCCAGAGCAUGCUAGGAUCCUUCCACUGGCAGCGAGAACCAAAGCCCCGAUUAAGCCAUCUCUUCCCAAACAUGUUCCUCUUCCCCAUCCCCAACAGUCAAUGUUGGGUCUCAUUGAACAUCCUUCCACUAUCUGAGCGGACGACCUCAGUCCGAUACGACCUGUACAGUUCCAGCCCGGAGAACACGAACGAAAAAGAAUCGGGUUCUCUCUUGUCGAAUCUGGAGGAGAGGGUCAAGACGUUGAUUUCGGAACUGGAAACAAAGUGCCAGUUAGGGAACUCGAUCUUCACCUCUACCCUCUCAGAUCUUCAAGACCUUGAGUCCUCAAACACAUGGUCGCACAUUCUUACCCUCGUGAAAGAACACGUCAAGCUAGAGAAGAGCCAAGGAGAGGCGAUAUACCCUGCGAAGCGAGAACCGCGGCUAAACAAGAGAUAUGAGCAGGCUGAGCAGCGUUCUUUGUAA